AUGCUCAUGACACGACAGUUGGUCUUGAACGAGCAAUUCAUGAUCUCAGCACACGAUCCCGUGGGUGAGCGAUCGUCGUCGGCUCCUCUGACGAAUCGAGUGAUCAAGGUGCUAUCUAUGCACGGAAAUUAUUACAAGACGUUCGGCGAGAAUAUUAUUCUUCUAAUCAACCGAGAAGCCGAAACUUCUCUUCAGCUUCUCACUCUCAAACUUCUAUACCUCAUCUUCACAACGCCUAGCACGUACGAAUACUUCUAUACGAACGACCUCCACGUCCUUGUCGACAUUCUAAUCCGAAAUCUUCUUGACCUGCCCGAAGAAGCCUCCGCUCUGCGCCACACCUAUUUGCGAGUUUUGUACCCGCUGUUAGCACAUACGCAGUUGAAGGCGCCGCCGCAUUACAAGCGCGAUGAGUUGAGGCGAAUGCUCAGCAUCCUUGUCCGCGGUCAGCUUUUCAGCGGUGAACUCGACCGCGAGAAGAUCAUGCAUUUCGAAGAGGUUGACGAGACGACUAGACGACUAGUCAGCCGCUGCAUCGCAGUCGAAUGGCUACAAGAUUGGGACACUACUCGAGACGACAAAGCUUCGCCGGACAAAGAAACGGAGCCUUCCUCGGCCACGGAUGUCUUUCCUGUCGACGUUGAUAUUGGAGCUCCGCUGGAGCCCUCGCGUACACUAUCGCCCACUAGUACCAACACCAGCACGGUAGCCAGCUCACCGGAGACAGCAUCUCCUACGAGACUAGAUGGUGUGCACAGCAGUAAACCUAACCACAUCCAAAGGCUGGGAAUGCAUCUCGAGCCCGCAUCUUCCUCGUCGCUGAGCGUCCAAGAAGUUGCUUCCCAGCACGAAAAGCCAGGCAUCAUCACCCCCAGUCGACAUGACAACAGCAAUACCGACUCCCUGCAUGCCAAACCCAAGAUCAAGCCUCUCCCACCGAAUCCCCGACGCUGGCGCGGGCGAAGAAGAACUCUCACCUCGGAAGAUGAAAACAACCCUCUCAACAUCACCCACACCCGCAGCAGCACCAGUAGCAGCUAUGACAAAAUCCCUGAGGACGCCGUGCCGGAUGCUGCAAUCACUGCCAGCCCCAUCGCCGCCUCUCCCACCCUAUCCCCGGUCACAACCGCCGCCCACCAGCCCGGCGACCGAAGAAACUCAACCACAACGUCGGGACUGGCUCCCCCUCCUGUCCCCGGGCAUUCUCGUCGCUCCGCGUCGAACCCGCCCCCGGCCGUGCCGCCUCCUCGUCGAUCCACCCACCCUGCCGUCCAAGCGCAUGCCUCCAGCCACUGCACGCCCGUCACUAGUCCUUCGCGACUACAAGCGCAGACAUCGGCACCGCCUCAGCUCCCGCAACCCCUCAGCAGCAAACACGGGCAGAAACCCGAGCCCCCGCGGACUCGCCGCUGGGGUCGUGGUAAAGCGCAUGCGCCGUCUGAUACCUCGGAACGAUUCCAUUCAGAUACAGAGCCGGGUCAGCCCCACUCCUCUGUGCCUUCCAACGAGAACGAAAAACGCAACUCCGGACCAACGGUCAGUGUAGAGGAGGCGGUACAGAACGUCACCCUUGAAUAG